UAUCUUACAAGAAAAGGGUCCCCAUUUUGAAUAAGGAUUCGAAUUUAAAAAAAAAGUCAAAUAAAAGAAGCGAAGUACAAUAGAGAUAGCUUUGUACCAACUAUUCAUUUAUUCAGAGCAAACGAAAACCACACAAGGCCUAUGCACCAGUGAUAACAACAUUUCCAGCCCUUUUAACUCUCUAUUUCUUUCUUUGGGGAAGGAAGUAAGCACAUCACUGUAAUCAAGUACUUAUUCCACCAGGGAAGCAUAUAAGGACACAGUGGUCCAUCUCUCGUCUUUUCUUCCUCUUUUUAAACACUUCAACACACACAUUCAUUCUAAACCCCAAGCCCAUACAUCCACACUGCUUAGUCUAUAGACUCUAUACCAUAGUUUCACCACCACCUAGCUUUACCAGAAAUGGAGGGUCAGAGAUCACAACGCUGGGGUUACUUGAAAGACAAGGCUAUAGCCACCAGCCUUGCUGAAGAAGAAACGGAGAAUAGCAUGGAUGGAGAGGAGGAUGAUACUGGAGAUGAAGACAAAAGGAAGAGAGUGAUGGAGAGAGCUAGAGGUCCUAACACAGAACGUGUUCCCUUGCGGCUGUGCCUGGUCGAUAGGUGCACUGCUAACUUAAGUGAGGCCAAGCAGUAUUACCGCAGACACAAAGUCUGUGAGGUUCAUGCAAAGGCCUCUUCUGCAACUGUUGCUGGAGUCAAGCAACGUUUUUGUCAACAAUGCAGCAGGUUCCAUGAGCUAGCAGAGUUUGAUGAAACUAAAAGAAGUUGCAGGAGGCGCUUAGCUGGACACAACGAGAGGAGGAGGAAGAUAUCUGGUGACAGCUUCGGAGAAGGGUCAGGCCGGAGAGGGGUUAGCUUGACACAGACUCAAGAAAGAAACAGGAUAGACAUGAAACUUCCUAUGACUAACUCACCAUUCAAGCGACCACAGAUCAGAUAAAACAAUAUCAACUCACCCAAACGCUCUCUCUCUUCUGUCAUCUACUUAUGUUCUAUGUGUACGUUCUCUUGUUAUCCAAAUAAUGGCAUCUAACCAUGUGGUAUUAUCUCCUACACCUCUAUAUAACUACAAAACUCUAGUAACCUUUAUGUAAUCAUGUAAAGGAUGCCUAUCCACAAAUGUAUAAGACCUUAUCAUACUCUUGUAUUGUCUAAUUAUGUUUCGUAGUAGUCUUAUAUGCUUCAAUAAAUGAUUAUGAUGUGUUCUUUUA